AUGGACUCCAGCGACAUCCAGUAUCUCUUCAAAGAGAUCCGCUUGAACCUCGAGCCUCCUUCACCCGCCUCCGUCGUCACCAUUCGAGUUCCUUCCAAGGCUGCCGGCAGCAGCAGAGGUCAACGUAGUCUGGCGCUCGAUGCCUCGGUCGAAGACGAAACGACCUUCAAGUCGAAGCACCUCGCCGGUGCCUCCUCCGUAUACCAUCGAAAAUGGCACGACACGCCGCGCAGCUUCCUCUGGCGGGUCCUUGAGGACGGCACGCUGCUGAGCAUCCGAGCCGUGGACAUGUGCAAGAAGGACAAGGCUCCGGACGCGCCCCUUAUCCUCAACUUCCACUUCCAGGUGCCCAUCCAACCGGGGUGCGUCGCUUUUGCCGAUCCGGAGGAGCACGAUGCGCUCUGCAUCUUCGUCCUCGACGAGGCCUCGCAACUCUACACAUUUACCGUUCGACCGGAUCUCUUCCGGCGGCGGACCGCUAUCGACGCAGGUCUAUCGGAGGUCGGCAAGGUCCAGACGCCGGCCGGUCUGGGCUUCAAGAGCGCUCACCGCAUGGUGGCCGUGACUGCGAACACCCUGUUGGUCACCGUCAACGACGGCGGCAUGAUUCGCUUCGACAAAGCCAAAACCGACGAUUCCGUGGGCGCAAUGUGGAACGAGUCCUUCUUCAACGUUCAAGGUUGGGCCCAGAACCUUCGGAGUCUCCUGCCCUUCCAAGGGAAGCAUACGAUCAAGUACGGCAAAGUCAACAUGGAGUACAGCGCUGCCACGUCCAUCCAUGUCACCUCCUUUGGCCUCGAGAAUUGCUUGUUCGCCAUCACCGUCUGCCUCGAUCAUCGCAUGCGCAUCUGGAACGUCGAUGAUGGCCAUAUUCUCUACACGGGAGACAUAUUGGACGUCGAGAGACCCCCCCAGGAGUUGAGCAAGUGGUCCAUCGAUCCCUCGCAAGCAAACUUGGUUCAGGUGGUAGGCCGCCAUCGUGGCCAAAGAUUCUGCGCCACCUACUCGCCCAUCGGCCCCGGAGAGUUCAAGUUCUGGAAGAUUGUCGCCAAGGACGCUCACAAUGUCGUCGUCGAGGAUAUGUUUCCCAAAAACACAUUGCUGCCGCGUACACCCUCGUCGUCUGACAUUUGGAUAUUGGCCGAUUUUGUCAUGGCUUCGCCGGUGGAGGGCACCGUGAACAUCUGGACCCUGUGGAAGAACAACCUGACGUACCGGGUCCAGCGCCUGGAACUGGACAGGAAGAACAUGGGUCAAACUUGGGAGGAAAACUGGGAGGGCGUCUUCCCCGAUGCUGGCCUUGCUGCGGCCCAGACUUCGGGUCCCUGUGACCCGACUGACGUGACGGAAAAAUGGCUUCAAGCGAUCCUUCAGCCUGGUCGCUUCACCAAGGCAACGCUCAGCACGGCGCUGUGUAUAUACGAGAGGGGCCUAGGUGCGUCCAAGGACAGAAGCAAGGGUAGAGGCCUGGCCGAGUCCAUAUGCUCCGUCCUUGGCGUCACCGCCUCCCUGGAGCGAGGGCCCUCUGGCGAGAUGGAUUACGAGCAGUUCCGAGCCUCAAACGAAACGCAAUGGCGGAGGUUCUACCGACUGCUUGCCGAGCUCGACAGGCAACGAGGAGAGGCCCUCGGGCUCGCCUUUGACCCCGAGUCCGACGUGAUGUGCGUCGUUUGUGCCGACCUACUCUCUGCCGUCACCGAGUGCAGCAACCUGGAACUUCUGUACCACAACCUUCCCGCCCCCGAAGAGGAACAGGAACAGCAAGCAAGCUUGGUCAGCGCCGCGCUGUCCUUUGUCGACGGCUUUCCGGACAACUACCUGCAGCUAUGCACCGCCGCUCUCCGUCAGGAGAUAUUCGAAGAUUCGUUCAAGACAGACUUGGAACGCAUUCAAUACUUUUCCGACAAAGCGGCCUUUUGGCGGGGAAUCACCGACGAAGACUGCGCUCAGGUUGUCGACGCGCUCGGCACCAACUUUUCCAUGGUUUCCGACCGGCUGUACCGUCAAGUGCUGGAUCUGAUGGCUUCCCCGCCAGAAGCAAAACGACGACAUCUCCGCCAUCCCCUCACCGAGUUCGGAACCAAGCUUGUGAUUAAGGGGGUACAGGAUGCCAUUGACCUGCAGUGGAAGGUGUGCUUCUCCCAGCUCAUUCUCCUUGUUCACAUGGAGUUCGAGUUCGACACGGAAGACGAGGCCCUCCACCGACGAGUCAACAUCGGGCCAGUCUAUCGAGAACUCAUCGGCACGCUCAGAAGACUUGAGCUUCUCAAGUGGCUCUCACGGGCGGAGCUGUCGGUUCCCUUGUUCAAGUCGGAGAAAGGGGCGGCCCCGGUGUUGUCGAAGAAGACUGGCGAGGAGUCGCAGGUGGUGACGGCUUUGGAAGCCAACGUCGGGCACCUCCUUGGAUUCGGCAGCACCAGUAACGAGCCGCUCUCCUUGAGCGUGACUGAUAUCAUCGCGAACCUCUGCGCGCUAGAUAGCGAUAUCGAAGUGUCGCCCACGCUUAUCCAGUGCUCGCUCCUCAAGCGGGACAGAGCAGACCUCGCUCUCGAGUUGGCGCCCUUUUGCGACCAAAAUCCCUUCUCCGUCUACGUUCAAGGACGGGUCUUUCUGUCCAUUCAAGAUUAUGAAUCGGCGGCCAUUCUCUUCCGGAAAGCGGCCAUCGGAAUGGGCACGGAGAACGUCCAGGCCGACCGGCAUAGCUGCGGGUUGCUCGACGAUACAGAGUGGAACCUGCUCAACGGCGGUCAGGCCAAAUAUUACUCUCACAUCGUAGCAUUGUUCGAGGAACAUCGAGCGUACUCGUACGUCUUGGACUUUGCCCGGCUGGCCGUUCAGUUCUCGUCAGGCACCAGUCGAAGCAAAGGCAACGAAAAGGCGACCAAGGCUGACAUGCUGAGCCGUCUCUUCAACGCGGCGCUGGCGACGUCGCAGUUUGAUCUGGCCCACACUACUCUGCUGUCCAUCGAUAGCGAGCCGUUGCGGCACUCUGGGCUGCGAAGACUUGUCGACAGGAUGUGCGAGACGUAUCACAACACUGAGCUUGUGUCGCUGCCGUUUCCCGGCAUGCAGCAGGAAGUGGACGCUCUCCUGACGCAACGAUGCCGAAGCUCGAUGGACGCCGUCGAUGGGCUCCCAUAUCACCAAGUGCUGUACUCGUGGCGGAUAAAGCGCAACAACUACCGAGGCGCCGCCACAGUUCUCCUAGACCAUAUCCAGAAGCUGAAGCAGGCGGGCGAAGGCGACAGGAGUUCCGGAGAAGAUGUGCUCGACACGCCGGUGACGAGGCAGUACCUGCUGCUCAUCAACGCCCUCAGCUGCGUAGAUGCCAAGCAAGCGUGGAUAUUCGACGAAGGGUUGCCGAGCGUCGAUUCGAGCGCAGACGGUGCGAAACGAAAAGUGGUGUCGCUGGCGGACGUUCGGAAGCAGUACCAGGACGAGCUGGAUCGGAUUGUCGCCAUCCAAAAUAACCAGUUUGGGUUCGAGGCCGACGACAUGAUGGAGAUUGCCUAG